AUGCAGCAGAAGAUAUUGGUGAAGGUGUCAAUGCACUGUGACAAAUGCAGAACCAAGGCCUUGAAGAUUGCAGCAGCUGCACACGGUGUGAGCAAAGUGUCCAUCGAAGGAGCAGACAAAGAUCACAUUGAGGUGAUUGGGGAUGGGGUUGAUUCUGUUUGCUUGACCAGAUUGUUAAGGAAGAAGCUUCGCUCCGCCACCAUUGUCAAAGUUGAAGAAGUGAAGGAAGCUAAAGCUGAUACGAAAGAGGAAAAGCCAACUCCACCAGUUCAAUGCAUAUCAUCAGCCAGCUAUUGUGCUCCGCAGUGUCCUUCAAUGUAUUAUGGAGUGGUUUGUGAAUAUCCAGAACCAAACAACUGCUCUAUCAUGUAA